UCUCUCGGUGCCGCUGUUCAGUGAGGUUAGCAAUUGGAAAGCUACUGUCUGUAACAUGGAAAAUAAGCCAAAUAAUCAGAAAGAAGCAAAUGAGGAAUUUGCUUCUCAGGAACUCAAAGAUUUAGAUUUACCAACAUCUGAAAUUACUGAGGAAAUAUUACAGAAAUGUGGUGGAUUUGGUCGAUUUCAAAAGGGACUUACUAUCUUUAAUUCAAUAUUUGCAAUAUUUUACGCCCAAACAGUAUUGAGUAUGGUGUUUAUAAAAGAGAUGAUUCCCUUUGAUUGCUAUCCGUCAAAUUUCAAUGAAUCUAUGAUCCCACCAAAUAUCACUUUGGAUGAAUUAUUAAAUAAAGUGAAGGUUGAAGAGGAGAAAUGUUCUGUGUAUAACCUGGAUACUAAAGAAGGAUUUUAUACCCUUCCCACCAGUAAUUCUACAAAGGAACCGUGUAAUAACGGUCGAAAGUUUUACACUGAGGAUAUGUCAACUAUAGUUUCUGAGUUCGAUUUGACUUGCGAAAGAGAUUGGAUGAGAAACAUUGCAUUCUCUACAAUGUUUGCAGGCUUUAUGCUGGGAAAUUUAUUAUUUGGUGUAUUGUCAGACAAAUUCGGUAGAUUUAAAACGUUUUGUGUCGCACACUUGCUUCUCAUAUGUUGCGGAUUUGCCAAAAUAUACUCACCAGAUUUUAUUGUGUUCAUCAUUUUUUAUUUUGUCGAAGGAGUUGCAUUGUCUGGCACGUAUAUAGUUUUAUAUACCAUAUUGAUCGAAUGCGUCUCCCAAGAUUACCGAACGCAUUUGAAUUUUAUUAUGCAUGCCUUCUUCGCUGUUGGAGAAAUACUUCUCGCUGGAGUGGCAUAUGUACUUCGUAAAUGGCAUCAUCUAUUGUAUGCUGCAACUAUUCCACACAUUCUGAUCGUCAUUAUAGCGUUGAAAUAUCUUCCUGAAUCUCCAAGAUGGCUUCUUAAUGAAGGAAGAUUUGCAAGUGUUGAGGAGUCCUUUAGUAGGAUUGCAAGAACAAAUAAAAAAGACAAUGAAGAUAUGAUAAAACUUAUUCGGAAACUUCAAAGAGAUGCAGAAAGCAAAUCAGAAUUUGAUGGCAAAAUUAUUGAAAAUGUAAACCAUGGAAAUAACCGAAAAGUUAAAGACAAGACUUACACAGCAAUUGAUUUGCUAAAAAGACCUCGAAGAGCGAUGAUUUCUAUAAACCUUUGGUUUAACUGGUUUGUGAACGCUAUGAUUUAUUACGGAGUGACGCUAAAUUCCGUUGACAUGUCUGGCAAUCGGUACCUAAACUUUCUAUUGAUGUCAGCUGUAGAAAUUCCAGCCAACAUUCUCGGUCAUUUUACGUUUAAGUGGUUUGGACAUCGUAAGCCGCUUUGUCUCUUCUUGGUAUUUAGCGGAAUUAACUGUAUUGUCGCAAACUUUGUGGCAAAAGUUAACUUUUGGUUUCCUCUGAUAUUAGCUGUCCUCGGGAAGCUCGGUACGACAGCAGCAUUUGACGGUGUUUUUCUGACGUCAGCGGAACUUUUUCCAACAGAAGUACGCAACAAUGGCUUGAGUACGGCUUUAUCUUUAUCUCGAAUUGGUGCAAUACUUUCGCCAGUAAUUCUUGGGCUCUCUGUAUAUGGCUCUUGGAUACCCCUUACUGUCUAUGGACUGUUCGGAAUUACCGCUGGGUUGCUGAUCCUUUUGCUUCCUGAAAUGAAGGAUGCUUGUUUACUUCAAACACUGGAAGACAUGGAUAAUCUGUAGAUUUGGUUUAUCGUAGAAAAUCCAUUUCGGAGAGAUUCAAAUACAUGAAAGUGUACGAGUAUCUAAUUUGAAAUUUAUGAAAAUAUAUACUGCCUUAUUUUAUAUAUUUGUUGUUUCUUUAUUUCACAUAUGUUUUUUUUUAAUACUACAAUUCACAAAUUUACAACAGAAGUAUACAUUUGUCUGACCUGACUCCAUUAUAUUAUAGCUCCUUAUUUUCAUCAACGUUUAUUGGCGGCGAGAUAUCUGACAAUGUCGGCCAAUAAUUAAGUGUCGAAACUGGCCGUCCGGUGGAGUGAUUGAAAGGUUGCUGAUUUGUUCGGUAAGCAGACUAGAUUCGGUAAAUGUAAUCUGAAAUGGUGGUUACUGAGAAAGUUUGAAGAUGGUGAAACAGAAAUAUUCAUUCACAUCAGCAAGACAGCUGACAGUAUUUAAAAAAAAAACUCAAAAAUGUGAUCUAGAUUAUAGCUGUGACGUAACAGUUUACUCAAAGAAGCCACUCUCAGCUUCCAACACCCCCUCAAGACGCCUCCGGAACUUGGCACAUGCAUUCCUUACUGUGUCCCUGGGAAGAUCUGCGAACACUUCCUCGAUCUUGAAUGCCAGCUCGGUCUUGGUGUUGCAAGUAGAGCGUUUGUGUGUAACAGACUUAGCCCACGCCCGAAACUGCUGGCCUUGUGCCAAAAUUUGAAACCAAUAUGUAUUGGAAGUAUUUCACCGUUAGUGCUUUAUUUUCAAUAGUUCUUUCGCUGAAUAAAGCUUGAAACCGCAAAAACAUUGAAGAAGCUUAUUUGUCUUUUCAAAAUUCUAAUGUAGCAGCAUUUGAAUGGGGAAAUUCCAUGCUUGCCAAAACGAGAUCAGGAUGGAAUAAUACCUCUCGUAUAUCUACGAAGUUUUGAAGACUUAUAGAGCCAUGAAUAAUUCCUUAAAUAAAUUGGAACGAACAGUUUGUGUACAACAGAUAAAAGAAAGUUGAUAUUUUA